UGAAACGGAAACGUGCCCCACAGGGCCUUGACUGCACAGCAUGUGGCCCGUAUCGCGAGGAUCCUUCACCACUGUCUAAAUUACAGACAGGACUGUAAGCUCAUUGCUUGCAGGUGCUUCAAAGACAGCAGUGCAACUACUUUACAUUUAGUCAUUGGCAACAUUAAGAAUUUUCGGAUACAACAGCGACGAUGAAGUUCCUUCUGCUAUCUGGGUUCUUAUAUUGUGUAUGUUACGCCCUUGACCCAGUUAUAAAAGUGGACCAAGGUAAUCUGCUUGGAAAAUUAGAGCCCGGAGCCGCAAGCUCCGCUUCUUUCUACGCGUUCCGCGGGAUUCCUUUUGCUGAAUCACCUACAGGCAAUCUAAGAUUUAAGGCCCCACGACCUCCGAAAUCCUGGACGGGGCUGAGAAACGCAACGACAGAGGGUAGCGUGUGUACUCAGGCGACGUUUACUGGGCAGCUGAUUGGAUCAGAAGAUUGUCUUUUCCUCAAUGUAUACACACCCAAGCUCAAUUGUACGAGUCUUUUACCAGUUUUGUUCUUCCUUCAUUCGAGUGCGUUCAUUUUCGGAGAUGGUGGAUCAUCCUGGUAUGGCCCUGACUUUCUAAACUACAAUGGCGUCCUCCUUGUAACAGCCAACUACCGCCUCGGGCCACUAGGUUUUUUAAAUCUAGAAACAGCAGGAGCGCCGGGAAACGCCGGGCUCAAGGAUACUCUGGCGGCUUUGGAAUGGACGAAGAGAAACAUAAAAUCGUUCUGCGGUGAUCCCGCGAAAGUAACAGUGGGUGGACAUUCCGCAGGAGCAAUGAUGGCUAAUGUACACACACUUUUAGCCCGGAGUCAAGGUCUCUUUUCCCGUGCCCUUCUCAUGAGUGGAAACGCUCUUACGACCGUGGCGUACACGGACUCGCAUUUGGAGGCUGCGCGAGAGCUCGCGGCGAUGCUUGGUGCCAAAGACAACGCAACAUCAACUGUGGAAGACACACUUCGGAAGGCAACAGGCGAGCAGAUUAACGCAGCUCACCUGGCAAUGCUCAUGAACGAGCCUCAUCCAAACAUGAUGUUUAAGUUCGCCAUGACUUCUGAAUCACCAUCGGCCUCCCAAGCUGAUCUUCCGGGUUCCAUACUGUUGACUACGGAUCCCGAAACCCUGCUGAGAGCGCCGGAAGUGAAAACUGUCGUCCCAAUUCUAACCGGGACAACAGCUCAAGAAAGUGCCAGCCUGUACGCAGUUGGUGUCAUCAGCAAGGCAUUUAAUGGCGAUGAAGCUGCUUUUCUAGGGAGGCUGAACAGAAGAUUCAAUGAGAUCCUCUCUAGGUUGGCUUUGAGAGUUUCUACGCAUGUAGCAGCCGCUAAAGGUAUUCAGAGUGGUCCAGGCUCUGCUUCCCAGCAGCAGGAGAUUCUCAAAAUGGUGAAGGAAAAGUACUUCGAUGGAAAAGACACAUUUUCACGACAGCAAUAUAUCAACGUAAUAAGUGAUAUGGAGUUCGUUGGCCCAGUCCUAAACUUCCUCCGUCUUUGCCGUGGUGACGUGUUUCUUUACGAGACAGAUGUGGACUCGAAGUAUAAUUUUCUAUCAAGGAAUCUUCUGAAUAUAACGUAUGCUACAACCACGUGCCACGCGGAUGAUCUGGGGUACGUCUUUCAUCCUGGUGUUGUCGACAUACAUCAGGACUACAAAGGAAGUGGAUUAGGACCAUCUGUUCUGCGAUACACCACGACUUUGUUCACCAACUUCAUCAAGGGGCACACAACCGGAUCACGAGCCGUUUGCGGAGAGUCGUCAACAACGCCAUACGUUCAUAUCAAUGGAAGUACGCCAAUGAUUGCAACAGCGUAUGGUGGCCAAGCAGCACUCUGGAAACAGGUGUUUGACAUCCGUCGAACUAAAUCAUCAUGAAAAAUUACAUCUAUGUGCGCUCAGCAGCUUGAAGAAAUUGAAAUAAUUCCGUUCUUGUCAAUUGGAAACUAAAUAAAGAAGCAAAACUGGAA